AUGAGCUGGUGGUUUAACAGAUCCAUCAAUGCUUGUAAACAGAAGAAAUUUCAAGAAAAUGGAGUUGAACAACAACAGAAUGGAGUUGUCCAAAGUUACAAGAGUGUGGCCCUAAUAGUUGGUGUCACGGGCAUAGUUGGCAGCAGUUUGUCUGAGAUUCUUCAAUAUCCCGAUACUCCAGGCGGCCCGUGGAAGGUCUACGGUGUGGCCCGCCGCCCCCGGCCAACGUGGUUAGCCAAAAGCCAUGUUGAAUAUGUCCAGUGUGAUGUUUCAAACACAGAAGAAGCAAUUUCCAAGAUUUCUCCUCUAACUGAUAUUACUCAUAUUUUCUAUGUUUCUUGGAUGGGAAACGAGGAUUGUAGCAUGAAUGCUGUCAUGUUCCAAAACAUCCUUAAUUCAGUCAUACCAAAUGCUCCAAAUCUCCAACAUAUUUGUCUCCAAACUGGAAGCAAACACUACAUUGGACUGUUUGAAACAGAUACACCAGACACACACGACACACCAUAUACCGAGGACCUGCCUCGACUGAAGCAACCGAAUUUCUAUCAUAAUCUCGAAGACAUACUCUACGAAGAAACCGCGAAAAAGGGCUUAACCUGGUCGGUCCACAGGCCUGCACUAGUUUUCGGGUUCUCCCCAUGUAGCCUGAUGAAUAUUGUUAGUACACUUUCUGUUUAUGCUGCAAUUUGCAAGCAUGAGAAAAAGCCUUUAGUAUAUCCCGGAUCAAAGGCUUCGUGGAAUUGUUUCGUGGAUGCAGCAGAUGCCGAGUUGGCUGCUGAACAUCAGAUAUGGGCUGCUGUCGAUCCAAACGCGAAAAAUCAGGCUUUCAAUUGUACUAAUGGAGAUCUUUUCAAGUGGAAACAUAUAUGGAAAGUUUUGGCCAAUCAAUUCGACUUGGAGAUGGUGGGAUAUAUCGAAGGAAACGAGCAAGUUAGCAUGGAGGAAUUGAUGAAGGAUAAGGACUCGGUGUGGGACGAGAUUGUGAGAACGAACAAUUUGACGCCUACUAAGUUGAAGGAUAUUGCUGCAUUUUGGUUUGCUGAUAUUGCAUUUCUGCUUGAGAAUGUGCUGAGCAGUACGCACAAAAAUAGGUUGCAUGGUUUUAUGGGAUUUAGAAAUACUUAUACAUCAUUUGUUUCUUGCAUUGAUAAAAUGAGGGCUUAUAGGUUUAUUCCUUGA